AUGACGAACUCAACCAGUAUUCCGAUUAAAUUACAAGAUCGUUCCGCAACGGAAGAAUUCGUUCAGAAGUUCGACACUUUUUUGUUUGACUGUGAUGGUGUUCUUUGGCUAGGAUCUCAUCUAUUACCGUUGGUUGUUGAGACCUUAGAGUAUUUGAAAAGCUUGGGUAAGCAAUUGCUUUUCGUUACGAACAAUUCAACCAAGUCAAGAUCGCAGUAUGUCAAGAAAUUCGCUGGCUUUGGUAUCGAAGUAACCGAGGAUCAAAUAUUUACUUCUGGAUAUGCUUCGGCUCUUUAUGUGCGUGAUUUCUUGAAGUUGACGCCAGGCCAAGAUAGAGUCUGGAUUUUUGGUGAGAACGGUAUCAAAGAAGAGUUAAACAUAAUGGGAUUCGAUACAUCAGGUGGUAACGACCCAAGAUUGGACGAGCCUUUCGAUGUUGCGACAUCUCCUUUCCUCAAGGAUGGUUUGGAUGAUCAAGUGAAAUGUGUCAUUGCAGGAUUAGACACAAAGAUCAACUAUCACAGACUAGCUAUCACUUUACAGUACCUAAGAAAGCCAGAAGUUCAUUUUGUUGCAACUAACAUUGAUUCUACAUUCCCUCAAAAAGGUUUAAUAUUACCGGGAGCGGGCUCUGCCAUCAACUCUCUAUCUUAUGCAAGUGACAGAACCCCAGAAGCUUGCGGAAAGCCUAAUCUUAAUAUGUUAAAUGCAAUUGUUAAAGCUAAAGGCCUUGACAGGUCAAAAUGCUGCAUGGUGGGAGACAGAUUAAACACAGAUAUAAAAUUUGGUGAAACCGGUGGCCUUGGUGGAACUUUAUUGGUGUUGACAGGGAUUGAAACUGAAGAGAGAGCACUAGAUAAUACUCAUGGCAAUCCUUCACCAAAAUAUUACACCUCUAAGCUUGGAAAUUUAUAUGAAUUUACACAUUAG